GCCAACGUUGAGGCAAGUCCAGAGAAGACACAAAAAAACAGAGGACGAGUGUAAACAUGGAGAAUCGAGAGGAGUAAACAAUGAGACCUCCGGCUGUAUUGUUAUCAGUGACUGGCUCAGCGUGUGUCCGCAUGAAGAAGCUGAUAAAGCAUGAGUAUAACAGCAUGACUGAACCGCCUCUGAGGAGUUUCACAGCUCUGUGAGGCGCUGUCGGUACAUUUUGGAGAAGCUGCGCUGCUGCUGAAUGUUUGUUCAUGGAGUCGCAGAGUGAACUGGGGGCGGAUGAGUGGGACGACAUCAGCGACUCUGAGCUCCUCGAUAUCCAGCUAGACCAUUUCAGCACAGAUGAAUCACCUGAGCCAUCCUGUAGCAAAACUGACACAAGUGAAAACACUGUGAAUGAAAGCACCAUCACAGCCUCACCAUCACUUCACAGGGCUGAGGAGGGGUUGGAGCAAAGAACCAUUGAAACAGAUGAAGAGAGGGGUGUGAAGAGGAAGAGAAAUGUUGAGGGUGGCUGCAGUCAUUUGCUGCGCUUCAUGAAGCAUCACCUGAGUGUAACCCUGCUGUGUGAGCAGUCCUGGUGUGAGUUGAAGGUGGAAUUUGGCUUCCGAAAUCCUAAAGUCAGGAAAAACGACAAGCAGCGAACAGAAGUGCAGACUGGUGCAAAUAUUCACCUGGCAAGAGAGCUGGAGGUCCAUGACGUCAUUCCUGUCAAUACCCAGACCAGAGAGGAUUUUUUUGCCAUAAAGCUUCUUAAUAUGCUACACAUGGUUCCCAUAUUAGAGGCAGGGCAGUGUGUGCGUGAGUUUCCAGUGUUUGGCCUAUUAGAAGGUGUAUUUCUUAUGGGCGUCAUUGAUGAGCUGAGUUAUAACCAGAAGGGGGAGCUGGUGUUGAAUGAGCUGAAAACCCGCCGACAGGACUCUCUGCCUAGAGCUGCGCAGACCCUCGGUCACUGCUUUCAGGUGGGCUUGUAUAAGCUUUUGUUUGAUAGAUUGGUCAGAAGGGAAGCGAGGAGAGAGCACCUUGUGGACCAUCUCAAACUCCGAGCGUCCCUGGUACUCGGAGCUGAAGUCCAAGCGUAUGCUGUGAGAAUCGGCAUCCAGGUCACCAGCUUCGGUGAGCUGGUGGACACUUGCCUCAUGAUCCUGUCCUGUUCUGAGGUGCCGUGUAUCGACAUCCUGCAGAUUGAGUACCGUCACCAGGACUCCAGCAGCCUCAUCGGCACCAUGGUGGUCCCCUUUGACGAGGUCCAACUACGAGCAGAGCUCCAGGGCUACCUGGCUUACUGGACCGGCCAGAGGGAGCCCAGAGGAGUGGAUAUAGAGGAGGUGUGGAAGUGCAAGAUGUGUCCCUAUGAGGAGAUUUGUGACUGGAGAAAGAACAGAUCACAAGCCCCUGAGACUCUUCACACCAACAAGAGAAUCAAAUGAACUGACACAUAGCUAUUUAUUAUUUGGAGUGGCUGUGCUAAUGUCUGCGAUCAGCUAUUAAUAAUAUUUUAAAAAUAUUUUUAAGAGGGAUAUAUGACAUUAUUAACUACCUCAUUUGUUUUAAAUAUUUAUGAAUGAUUCUAUUUGCUUUUAUUUUUCCUAUUAAGCAUAAUUUAUGUGUGAACAAUGUUAUAGGGCAUUUUAAUGUGAAUAUUAUUCACUGAUUCCAUAUGCACUGUUUGACCAAAAUAUAUUUACAAGCAUUUAACAUUUUCUAACAGCAGGUGGAAGGGCUUAAAAGUGUUUUGUCCAAUGAGAAUGUGAAAUAAUGUGAUAGAAAAUGAAGCCAAGAAUUUUUGGAUUAUUACUUAUUUUCAAGGCUUUCUGAAAGACAUCUAUUAAUGCUAUUUAUCAGGGCUGUCAUGAUUACUCAACAAAAUCAAUUACUCUGUAAAAAAUUUGCAUUUAUGUUCUUGAUAAAUCUUCAGUGAUCAGUAAAGCAGUCUAAAUGAUAAACAGGGUAUCUGCAGGUCAUUAUAAAGCAGCAUUUAGCAGACUCAACAUUCUCCAAAGGGCACAAGUUGUUUUGUAUCACUUUACUUUUUUUGUGACAUGCAGGGGCGUAGCACCAAAUUUUGGAGUAGUGUGCCCAUGCUUUCCCAUUCCCAAGAAAGUAAAGGAAAAAAAAAGAUUUUUUAUGGUGUGUUUCUUUUUGUGGUUGUUGGUCAUCUGACAGUAAGUGUGCUUUGAAUCAUCAAUCUUGCUGUAGUUCAGUGAGGAUUACACUUACUUGGUUUCUGUUCAAAACAAUCUAUGUAAUUUGAGGGAAAUUCAAAAGAGAAAACUUUUAAAAUAAAUUUACAUACAUUUACUGUAAUUUCCACUGAAA